AGGCGUUAAACCACAAGGUUUAGACGGUGGCGCCACUGGCGCGCUAAAGCAUGCACAGCACCAGUGUUUGGCCAAUCGCAAUGACGUGCCUCGUGCGACGGCACCAGGUCGGCGUGAGCAGGCUGCACGGCUGACUACUUGCUUGCUUGCCUGGUAGCAACGGAGGAGUCAUGCAGGAGAAAAGGGAUUGGUGAGUGUCAUGCUUGACACAUGAACAGCUAGACAUGGCACCUAUAAAGAAGAGUAAGGCGAACCCAGAAGGUCCUAUCGAGCAGCAACAACAACAACAACAACAACAACAACAAUUGGUGGACCCACAACCAUCGCCCGACGGACAGCAGCCGCAGAGGGACGGGUUCUUGUUAGAGCCUGAAGCUGGUGGGUCUGCGAGAGUACCUACAUCUUCUGCUACGCGGCCCAGCAGCUGGUAUGGUGGAGGCUCAUGGCGCGCCAAGGCUUCUCCCGUCGCGCAGAUAGCCCGGGAGAGCAUCUCUGUUGCCAAGGGUGCAACUUCCGAGUCUAGCGAUGAGCCAGCACGCCGUCCGAGUCAGUCAGUCAGCAAGAGUGUACGAGGGAGUCGGAAGAGUGUGCCGCUUGUGGCCGAGCCAACCAGGAUCCACGCAACAAGCGAUGCGCUCGAUAAGAGCAGGCCACGCUUUCCGUCUGAGGAAAAGCUGCGUAGAGUUGAGGGUACAAACGAGUCCACAUCCAUGGAGCCCAAGAUCACAGUCGAAGAAUCCGCGCCUCUGCCUCCUGAGCCGACAGUAGAGGCCAAUGGAGACGAGAAGAGCCUUCGCAGCGUAGACGAGAGGCCACAGUCAUGGUUCGGGUGGUGGUCGCGUCCAGACGGGUAUGGUAGUGAUGGUGACAAAGGUAAAGCGAGCAACAAGCGGCGGAAGCUGGACAUUGAGACAGCUAGCGGCACGCCUUUGCCAGGCUCACCAACUCAGCAGCCUGCCGAUGCACAACAGCUAGACCCAAAUAUGCCUGACCUACCCAGCCACACUACUAUUGACGCUCAGGAGCCGCAACUACAGAGCGUGGGACAGUGGGAAGGCGUACAGCCUGGUGUGAGCUCUAGUGUAACGGCAGCGAAGACAUGGUUCCGUCUUUGGAGUACUGCGCAAAACCAGCAGGCUGCGGCUGAUGCACAGGCGUUGGAAGGGACGGCAGAACCUGCGCCGGUUGCGGCCACCUCCACUGAUCCUGCAAUUACUGUGACUCAAGAUACACCGAAGCCGGACGACCUGCCAGUUGAGACCGAUCGCCCCAAAGCGUCUGGCUGGGUUUUCUGGUCACAGGACCAGCCCCAGAAAGCCACAGCUUCACCAGGCGACACGCAGAAAGAAGUCGGAGAGAUUGCGGUGGCCGAUACUCCAAGUCAAAGCCAUCCUGAAGCCGCACAAUUCAACGAGCAAAGAGAGGAGCAGCGACCGCAAGCUACCGCUAAGCGAACAGACACUCUGCUCGGACCAAAGCGUGGCAGAGCAGAUAGGGUCAAAGACCAGUCCGCAGCUUCCUCUGCUGCAACGCCUUCAGACUCCAAAGCACAUUCUCCAGCUAGCUCACAGGCACCCUCAGAAAGCGGCAGUGUGGCCAAUGACCUUGACAUGCCGUUGCCAGUCAAGCGAUGGAAGGUGGCCCAAAGUCGGCCAAACCUGGUGUUGCCCUUGUUCCAGGACACAUACCCCACAACACCGAAUCUGAGUUACCUUGAGCGCCUUGCUACAUAUCUUGCCCAGACACUACGUCUGCCAGGUAGUGAGGCACCGCCGGUAGCGCAACAUGUCUACAUCUCCCCUGCACCACCGAAGGUCAGGAAAGCCAUUGCCAUUGGCGUCCACGGCUUCUUCCCAGCUGCAAUGUUCGCACGAGUGUUCGGUCAGCCGACGGGUACAUCCAUCCGGUUUGCUUCCUACGCUGCCGCAUCGAUUAAGGCAUGGUGCCAGGGGCACCAGCCCGAAAUCAGCGAUGUGCAGAUUGACAAGGUUGCAUUGGAAGGUGAAGGCUUGGUCGACGACCGUGUGAGUACACUUUGGAAGUUGCUGUUGAACUGGUUGAGUCACCUUCGCCAAGCGGACUUUAUCCUGGUUGCGGCGCACAGUCAAGGCGUGCCAGUUGGCAUCACGCUUUUGGCGAAACUGAUACAGCUCGGAUGCCUUUCGCCGCACGUUAGGCUCGGUGUCUGCGCCAUCGCUGGCAUCAACCUCGGACCUUUUCUGGAGUAUAAGUCUCGCUUGCUAUCAGGCAGCGCGCUGGAGCUGUUCGACUUCUGCGACCCAUUCAGCAAAGUCAGCAAGUCGUACAACGAAGCUUUAGACAUCUGCCUCCGACACGGAGUCCGCGUAACUUUCGUAGGCGCCCUAGACGAUCAACUAGUCAGCCUUGAAUCGAGCCUCUACGCACCACUGAGCCAUCCUUAUGUUAGCAGGGCAGUCUUUGUCGACGGUCGCCUACACGUCUUGAAUUUCUUGACACACCUGGUUGUCUUCGCUCUUAAGUUGCGCAAUCUUGGCGUGAGCGACCAUGGUCUUCUACGCGAGCUCUCCUUGCCGCUUGCUGGUAGUCUGGUUGGCGGCGAAGGCCACAGCCGCGUCUAUGAUGAUGCGGCGGUGUACAGAUUGGCCGUCGACUUCGCUCUCGAGACCACAGACGCCACGCCCUCGAACACUGCGCCUGUACCCACGGCAGCCGCAAGCUUGCUUGCAACCGACAAAGACAAAGCACGCUCCGUUGCUGCUGCUCGCCGUAUUGCGCCGCUGAUUGCGCACUACGAACCACCUUUGAAUGGAGGCAACAACAAUCCCUUCUACCUCCCCUGGGCUGUAAGAGGCAUGCUAGAAGAGGAGAUGGUCAAGAGGGAUUCGAAGCUGCAGGCAGAAGUCGCCGAGUUGGUCAAGGAGUUCGAGGAGUGGCAGCCUACGAGCAAGGUGCUGAAGGAUGUUCGAUGGCGGCUAGAGGGGGUGAGAAACAUACUCUAA